CCCAGUCAGCACACCAAGUCACCAACAAUCACACAAAGCUUUUCCUUCUUCUUCUUCUUCUUCUUCCUCUUCUCCUCUCAUAACACAUUCAUUCCACUUCAAUUUCAAUCCCACAGACACUUCUUCAGAAACCAAAAUCUUCACAAAACAAAAAUGACCAAACCCCAAUUAACUAACUAACUAACCUUUCAUUUCCCAUGGCCUCAAUCUCAGGCAUUUGCUCAUCCUCCCCAACUCUCAACCACCAAAACCACUCCACCCCAAAACGACGUCGCACCCCUCUCCCCUCAUUCCCCUCCCGCCCCAAACCCUUCCCCCCUCGCUCCCUCGCGCGUGAGGCUCCCGCGCAACUCUCCUCGAUAACAAAACCGCACCACGCGGGACUUGAGAAGGACUCACGCGCCCUAUGGCACCGUUACGUGGAGUGGCUUUACCAGCACAAGGAGCUCGGCCUCUACCUGGACGUCAGCCGGGUCGGGUUCACCGACGAGUUCGUCCGCGAAAUGGAGCCCGGCUUCCAGGCGGCGCUCCGUGCCAUGGAGGACCUCGAGAAGGGCGCCAUCGCGAACCCUGAUGAGGGACGCAUGGUUGGCCACUACUGGCUCAGGGACUCCUCGCGGGCGCCCACCGCGUUCCUCAAAACGCAGAUUGAUAACACGCUCGACGCCAUUUGCAGCUUCGCGAACGACGUCGUCAGCGGUAAGAUUAAGCCGCCGUCGUCGCCGGAGGGGAGGUUUACGCAGAUACUUUCGGUUGGGAUCGGAGGCUCCGCACUUGGACCGCAGUUUGUGGCGGAGGCGCUGGCUCCGGAUAAUCCUCCACUCAAGAUAAGAUUUAUUGACAACACGGAUCCUGCUGGAAUUGAUCAUCAAAUUGCACAACUUGGGCCUGAACUAGCUUCGACACUUGUACUAGUAAUUUCGAAGAGUGGUGGUACCCCAGAGACUAGAAAUGGCUUGCUAGAAGUGCAGAAAGCUUUCCGUGAAGCUGGAUUGAAUUUCCCAAAACAGGGUGUUGCUAUAACACAAGAAAAUUCUCUGUUGGAUAACACUGCAAGAAUCGAGGGCUGGUUAGCUAGAUUUCCCAUGUUUGACUGGGUGGGAGGUAGAACAUCAGAGAUGUCUGCGGUUGGCCUGCUUCCAGCAGCCCUUCAGAGCAUUGACAUCAGAGAAAUGCUUGCUGGUGCGGCAUUAAUGGAUGAGGCAAAUAGAAGUACUGUGAUAAGGAAUAAUCCUGCAGCUUUGCUGGCUUUAUGUUGGUAUUGGGCUACAGAUGGUGUAGGAUCAAAAGAUAUGGUUAUCCUUCCAUAUAAGGACAGCUUGUUAUUAUUUAGUCGAUACUUGCAACAAUUGGUCAUGGAAUCUCUUGGCAAGGAGUUUGACUUGGAUGGUAAUCGGGUUAACCAAGGAAUUAGUGUCUAUGGAAAUAAAGGAAGCACGGAUCAGCAUGCCUAUAUUCAGCAACUGAGGGAAGGUGUGCACAAUUUUUUUGUGACAUUCAUUGAGGUGCUACGCGAUAGACCACCUGGUCACGAUUGGGAGCUUGAACCAGGUGUCACAUGUGGUGACUACCUGUUUGGUAUGCUACAGGGAACAAGGUCAGCCCUGUAUGCCAAUAACCGUGAAUCCCUCACAGUCACGGUGCAAGAAGUGAACCCCAGAUCAGUUGGGGCCCUAAUAGCCCUUUAUGAACGGGCUGUUGGAAUAUAUGCCUCGAUUGUUAACAUAAACGCGUAUCACCAACCUGGUGUGGAAGCUGGUAAGAAAGCUGCAGGAGAAGUAUUAGCACUUCAGAAGCGGGUAUUGGCAGUGCUAAAUGAAGCUAGCUGCAAGGAACCUGUCGAACCAUUAACACUUGAAGAAGUCGCUGACCGUUGCCAUGCCCCAGAAGAUAUUGAAAUGAUUUACAAGAUUAUUGCUCAUAUGGCUGCCAACGAUAGAGCACUAAUUGCUGAAGGUAACUGUGGUUCUCCACGGAGCAUUAAGGUUUUUCUUGGGGAGUGUAAUCUUGAUGAACUGUACGCAUGAGUUAGACUAACGAAAUCCUCAUUCAUAACGAUGUGUGUGAAUACCCAUCAAAAAGCAAUAAAUUGUUUUGGUUGUUGGAUCUCUCCAUCUGCAAUGAAGAUAAUUUUUUUUUUCAA